UAGAGCUGGUAAAAUGGUGUAAAAUCAUGUAGGAAUAAGUUACAUACAAAAUAAAUAAAUGUAUAAAAUUAAUUUUUAAAUGAUGAAUCAAUCAAUAAAUAUUCAAGAUUUUCAAACAAUUUGUCGUAUUUGUUUAAUACAACGUGAUAAUAUGAUGCAAACAACAUCCGAACAAGUUGUUCACAUGCUUGAAGAGUGUACUGCCGUUCAUGAACGUUUUCGUGAAAAACUACCCCAACAAAUAUGUAAAAAUUGUUUUUGGCAAUUAAAAAACGCUUACGAUUUUAAACAACAAUGUACACUCUCCUUAGAAAUUUUAUGUAACAUACUUUUACAAGAGGAAGGAAAUCAUGACGAAAAACUAAAUGAAAAUAUUAUACCAGUAAUGAAAUUAGAAUUAAAUGAGGUGAUCGAAGAUGACCACAAAGAUAGAAAAAUUGAUAUUAAAAAUGAAAUAUACUCAACGGAAGAUGAUGAUCCAGAAGAUUACAACGAUUAUACGCGAAGUAAUGAUGGAAAUGAUUCAUUUCAUGAAGAUGAUACCGACGAGGAAAGUUCAUCUUCCGAAGACGAAGAAGAAAAAGAUGAUUUAAGUGAUACACCAUCAUGUGAAAAUGAUAAAACCGAGCAAAAACAACGAUCUCUAGCGGAUAUUUUAAUAAAAAAAUAUAAAAUCUACGAUUUAACAUGUAAUAUUUGUAAAAAAGAAAUAAGUACGCGUACAACGUUGCUCCGACACAUGGAAAUACACGAUAAAAAUCGUUCAUUUAAAUAUUACUGUGAUAAAUGUAACAAAGGUUUUUACGCCCAAGAAAAUCUAAAAAAACAUCAAUUACGACACAUGGGUAAAACAAAAUUCCAGUGUGAUCGUUGCGAAAAACGUUUUUACGUAUUAAGUGCCCUUGGUGUUCAUUAUAAAUCGAGUCAUAAAGCGAAACCGAUUACGUGUCCCGAAUGCCCACAACAAUUUUAUCAUCCAUUACAAAUCGAACAACAUCAUGCACAAACACACGUCGAAAAGAAAUUCGUAUGUGAAGAUUGUGGUAAAAUAUUCCCAACGAAAAAUCGUUUAACAAAACAUAAAGUCUUCCAUUCGGAAGCGCGACCGCAUGUAUGCACCUUUUGUACGCGUAGCUUUAAACAAAAAUCCGAUUUAACCGCACAUAUAAAAAAACGUCAUGACGAUAACGAACGACGUGAAAUGUGUUAUAUUUGUGGGAAAUUAGUUUUACCCGGUUGUUUAACCAUUCAUCUAGACACCCAUAAUAAUAAAUCGUUUAAAUGUCCACAAUGUGGUAAAUUGUAUGCGAGUAAAUUAAUUUUAGGCCGCCAUAUUAAUUUAAAGCAUAAUAAUUUAGGUGAAAUUAAAAAAUAUUAUUGUAAUUUAUGUAAUAAAGCGUUGGGUUCGAAAGGGAGUUUAACGAAUCAUAUGAUUAAUAUACAUUCAGAGAUUCGUAAAAGUGAUUGUCCAAUUUGUGGUAAGACAUACAAGUCACAAAAUGGUGUUAAGUUACAUAUACAGAGUGUACAUAAAAAUGAGAGACCGCAUAUUUGUCAAACGUGUAAUAAAGCGUUUCAUACAAAGAAAAUUUUAGAGAAACAUAUACGUACACAUACCGGGGAACGACCGUUUUCAUGUACGAUUUGCUCGAAAGCAUUUGGAUUUAAAGAAGUAUUGAAGACACAUAUGAAAGUUCAUUCAAAAUAGAUGAAAUUCAAGAACUUUCAAUUUAAUCGAAUAAAUCGAUUCUGACUGAAUAAAUGAUUACAGAAUAUUUUGGGCAUGCCACCGAUCACAUCGUUCUCUAUGAAAUGUUAUAUUACAAACGGGCACAAGUGAUCCUACGAACAGGUGCUCACACCGUGGACUUCAAUUUUCAAUGAUGUUUAGCUUGUUUACGCCUAGCAUAAAAGCCAAUUUCUUUGACAAAAAUUGUCUAUGGACUCCUAAACCCGUCAGCACUCGCGUUUUUCAAACGUGGUUGAACCUUUUUCCAUCUUCAUAUAGUUUUAUCUCUUUUCAAAUUAUGAA